CCAAAGGGGGAAAUUCAAGUUCAGGAAGUUUGGAGGAGAGUAACUGCUGGCCUCACCUCUGUCCUGCAGCCCUCAGAUCUGAGAUGGUCCCCAGGCACGCAGCAGUUGGUGUGUGUGGGGAGCUGUGACCUGUGGUCCGUUCUUAAUACAGCUACAAAGCCAGCAGAAGGGUCUCCAGCCGAAACUCGCUUAGUGGAGCUGACACCUCGACCCCAGCUGCUUUGGUGACGGUGGCUGGGCUGGACCCCAGAGCAGCUGCUCUCUCCCACCGCCUUCCCCUUCAUCUUCGGAGACACAGGUGUCCCCACCCCUAGGCCUUUGUGGUGGCGGUUCUCCCCAUGCAGAGGGAGCAGCUCUGUCCCCGAUCCUCCACGGACGGCAUGUCAGGGUUCACUCUGCCCCUUGUCGGGCUCCUGUCUCAGUCACCUCUUCUCUCCUUGCCCCUUUUCCAUCCUCUGGCCCCAGAUGAAAGCUGAGUCAGAGAGAGCCGCUUCCCCUUGGCUCCUGAAUCCUCCCGGCCCCUCCUUGGCCGGAUCCGUUAGUCUCCUAAGUCCUCUCCCCCACCCUGGCGGGGCGGGGAGUCCAGGGCAGCCUGGAGGCUGGGGGAGGGGGUGGACUUUUGGCCGUUUAUUCCCUCCAUCGUCAACAGCCACUGCCACACCGGCUUGGCUUCUUCCUCUGACCUGUCAGGAAGCAGAGAGACCCAGAAAGGAGGGACACGCACGAACCUGAGCCCGAGAAGGCAGGCAGAGGCCGCGGCCAGAUUCCGCUCCUUAGCCAAGCCCUGUCCAGUUCCCAGGGGGCUCCACCCCUGCCCUUCUCUGGGGCCCCAGCCCCUUGGGGGCCUGUGUCCCAGGAUGUCAAUAGCUGUGGAGACCUUUGGCUUCUUCAUGGCAGCCCUGGGGCUGCUGAUGCUGGGGGUGACCCUGCCAAACAGCUACUGGCGUGUGUCCUCCGUGCACGGGAAUGUCAUCACCACCAGCACCAUCUUCGAGAACCUCUGGUACAGCUGUGCCACAGACUCCAUGGGAGUCUCCAACUGCUGGGAGUUCCCGUCCAUGCUGGCCCUCUCUGGUACGGGGGUACGUCCAGGGCUGCCGCGCUCUCAUGAUCACCGCCAUCCUCCUGGGCUUCCUCGGCCUCUUUCUAGGCAUAUUGGGGCUGCGCUGCACCACCAUUGGGGGCAUGGACCUCUCCCGGAAAGCCAAGCUGGCAGCCAUUGCAGGAGCUCUCCACAUACUGGCUGGGCAGAGUGGGAAUUGUCCUGUUCCAGAUGUGAAAAGCUCUGAAAGGGGCCUGCGGGAUGGUAGCCAUCUCCUGGUACGCCGUCAACAUCACGCAGGACUUCUUCAACCCCCUCUACGUUGGAACCAAGUACGAGCUGGGCCCUGCCCUCUACCUGGGCUGGAGCGCCUCCCUGCUCUCCAUCCUGGGUGGCAUCUGCCUCGGCUCCACCUGCUGCUGUGCCUCCCAGGAGGACCCCACUGCAAGGGCCCAGCUUCCCUACAAAGCUUCCGAAGCUUCUGCAGUCGUGAUGCCCGCCACGAUCUCGGACGAAGGUGACAGCAGCUUUGGAAAAUAUGGCAAAAAUGCCUACGUGUAGGAGUUUGGACCCAUGCACCCCAUCUGUCCCCCACUGGCCAGUGGAGAGGGUCCUUAGGACCCGGGACCCAUCUUCCCUCUAAUAACCUGCGGCAGGCUACACUCCAGGCUCCGCCUGUGCCUGGAGGCCCCUCCCAGGCCAAGCAGCUCCAGAGAACUCACCUGGCCCUCAGAGAGAGCAUGCGGGCCAGGGCGCCCCGUUGUGUGUUCUACAUAAAUACUUGCAUAAAUAAAUGUGU